UGUUUCCUUUCGGGCAAUAAUACAGAGUAGGACCGGAAACAUUUGACAGCGAAUAGGAAGCGAACUAGCCGGUUAGCAGUCAUGUCGAGCAAAAAUAUAUUUCAGACAGAGUUAUCCCACAUUAUGGGGUUAUACGUUGAAACAACAGUUAGGGAGAUGGAGAGACUCCUCGAUGAGUGUGCUGCUGUUUUGGAGAAUGAAGAGAAUAGUUUACUGAAGAGAGAAAUGGAGCGUGUGAAUACAACCAACACGAUGAAAUUUGCGUCAUUCAUGGAAGUGUUGAGUGAAGGCUUGAUGGAGAAAAUAUCACUGCUGAUGAUGGUGGACGAAACGGAGGUAAAAACUGUGGAGAAUACUGGUGGAGGUGGUGAGAGCUGUGGAGAAGAUGGGCGCUUCAGUCGGGAACUAGCAACACAAAAAGUAGCAGUAGAGGCAACAACCAAGAUGACCCUCUCUGUUACAGAUGAGGUGUCUUCUUCUGAGUCUGAUCAUCAGGAGGAGGACCUUGACCCCCUGUCCUCACCUUCAUCGGACGAGGAAUGCCUAGUUGAGGUUGAUCCCAGUCAGCAUGCUGACCCAUCUGCAUCAGACCCAGAUAAACAAGGCCCAGCUAGGGAUGGAGAAGAUGUCCAAUGUGGGGAUUCUGGACCCCUCACCUGUUCCCAUUGUGGAAAAUGUUUCAGGAAGAAAGGGUUUCUGACGAGACACAUUCAGUCCCGUAAAAAACCCUACAGCUGUUCUCCGUGUAGGAAAGGUUUUGAUCUGGCCAAACAGCUUGAGGUACAUUCUGUUAAACCACGCAUAGAGAACACCUUCAGUUGUAACGACUGCAGUGCGGUGUUUCACCGUAAAUGUACUUUGCAGUCCCACUUGAAGGGUCACCUAAUGGAGGAAACGGUCACGUGUACAGUUUGUGAAAGAAAGUUUCUAGGGGAAAAAAGACUGGAGUUGCACAAGUGCAAUGGACGGAAAAUGUUCAGCUGCUCUUCCUGCCCGGAGAUCUUAAAGACCAGGGAAGGGUUGUCUUAUCGUGAGGAGACACAUUCAGAGGAGAGGAAAUAUAGCUGUGAAACAUGCAGCAAAACAUUCUUAACCGCUGUGUCCUUAAAAACCCACAUGAUGUCUCAUAAAGAGAAGGAUCAUCGUUGUACUGUAUGUAGCCAACAUUUCAGCCGCGCACCUGCUCUCCGAAAGCACAUGUUGGUCACCCAUCCUGAAGAAAUGCCUGAAAAACAUUGCAUCUGCAGUGUGUGUGGUAGAUGUUUCACCAAAAGGAACAAUCUGUAUAAACACAUGAGGACACACAAGGAAGAGAGACUUUUUUCUUGCGACAUUUGUGGCAAGAAGUUUAAUUCCUCCGGUAAUCUCAGCAGACACAAUAGAACUCACACGGGCCAGAAAUUGUAUUCCUGUGACCUUUGUGACAAAAGCUUCACCCAGUCCGGAACCCUGAAGACUCAUAAACUAAACGCUCACACUGAAGGUGAAGAAAAGCCUUCUUUCAAGUGUGAGAUUUGCGGGGAUGUUUGUUCAAGUCGUUAUACUCUAAAGAAUCACAUGGUCACUCACACAGGGAAGAAACCAUAUCAUUGUAGCGUUUGUGGGAAAGGUUUCUUUAGCAAUCAACUUCUUAAAGUUCACAUUCACAUUCACACAGGGGAGAAACCCUUUGAGUGUGAUCAAUGUGGGAAGAGGUUCAGUCAGAAAAGUCAUCUAAAAUAUCACGAGCGUGUGCACAGCGGUGUCAAAGCAUUCGUGUGCGGCGUCUGUGGGAAGGCCUAUGCUAAUAGACAGAAUCUGAAACUCCACAAGUGCAGCAUUUCUGCAAAAUUGUAGUUCUUUAGCGCCACAGCUAAUUAACCAUUUUAUUUUUUGAAUUGGACUCAUUCAUUCAUGUUCCUCCAUUGUGAAGUGAAACUACAAAGGAUCAAUCUAAGGUAAAUUAUUUGUUGUUCCUGUUGUUGUGACUGUGCUCCAUUCUGUGUCCUAGCGCCAGACAGACGGUGCAGUAGCUUGCUCUUAAUCACAAUGUCACUGUGAAUGUAUUGAUCCUGCUGAUUCUAAUAAGAGACCUUUCAUAUUGUUGGAGUCUCUCUUAUUGAUUAUUUUUGUUCUGUACUCAUUAUCAAUCAAUAUUUCAGCUCAAUUUCCAAUGUCAUCCGGUCGGCGUAUGUUUUGUUUACUGAGGUUUCUGAAUUUAACUCUCUUAGGCUGAUGUCUGUUUGCUUUGUUAUCUGGAUAAUAGCAAUGUUUUCCUGCUUAAAUAUAUAUUUUUUUGACAAUCAACAGAGAAAUCCGAUGACAGCAUUAGUGAUUUUUACCCCAGCGUCAUUGGUUAGGCUUUAGAUUAAAGUAUUAUUUGUAAAAUAAUGCAUAAACCAAUGACUCUUUUUAUUCAUUUAUCCUUCAAGUCACACUGUAUUGCGCUGUAUCUCCCUCAGCGUGUUAUGAGUACAAUGGGAUUCUAUAAGAUCUCUGGCAACAUAUUAUACUGAACAAAAAUAUAAAUGCAACAUGUAACGUGUUGGUCCCAUGUUUCAUGAGCUGAAAUAAAAGAUCCCAGAAAUGUUC